AUGGGUGACUACUCGAAAGCACUUGAAUUUUACGAAAAAGAUCUUGAAAUCACGAAAAAAGCUCUGCCUCCGAAUCAUCCCGAUUUGGCUACUUCCUACAACAACAUCGGUCUCGUGUAUAACAACAUGGGUGACUACUCGAAAGCACUUGAAUUUUACGAAAAAUCACAUAAAAUUUUCGAAAAAGCUCUGCCUCCGAAUCAUCCCGAUUUGGCUCAAUCCUAUAACAACAUCGGUCAAGCGUAUAACAACAUCGGUGACUACUCGAAAGCACUUGAAUUUUUCGAAAGAGCACUUAAAAUAAGAGAAAAAGCUCUGCCUCCGAAUCAUCCCGAUUUGGCUCAAUCCUACAAUAACAUCGGUAUGGCGUAUUUCGGUAAAGGAGACUACUCGAAAGCACUCUCAUUCUUAGAAAAGGCACUUUCUAUCUGGCAAAAAUCACUUCCACCUAACCAUCCUUAUAUUAUAAUGGUCACAAACUCAAUUGACUAUGUAAAAAAGAAGAUGUAA